ACAAAAAGUAAAAAUUGUCUUUGUUUCAUCUUGUUUUCCGAUUUCCGCCAUUUUGACCAAUGGUGAUUAAUUUUCGUAAAACGCCUUGAUAUCGUCUGUGUAUUUAAAUGAGUUUUUAACUAGCACUGAAAUUAAUACCGAACUUUACAAGUUAUUAUUAGAAUCCCAAAAUAACAACAAGCUAUGUCGGACCGAAAAAGACUACUAGAGGAGCUAAGGGUGAUAGACUUACGCGUAGAAUUGGAAAAGCGGAACCUGGAUAAGACCGGUAUUCGCAGUGUGCUUAUUCAACGGCUAAGUAAGCAUUUGGAAGAGGAGGGACAUGAUCCAGCCACUUUUAAAUUUGAGUUAUCUUCGUCAGAUGGUAAGACACCAGUAAAAAAAAGUAGACGCACUGAGAGUGCUAAAGAGCCAGAUUCUGAAGAGACUCCUGUUAUGGAAGAUAUGAUUGUACAAGAUACAGCCGGUGACGAAGACGACAACGAACAAACACCUGAAAGUAGCCAGAAUACUAAGAGUGUGGAGAAAAAAGAGAAAUCCGAAGAAAAAAUGGAUGUUGAUGAUACUAGCAAAACUAAUAGAAAAAGAGAACUGAAGGAUGAUUCUGAAGCUACGCAAGCAAAGAAAUCCUGUAUGGACAAGGAAAUUAAAACUGAAGAUGAUCAUAAAAUUGAGAACAACACAGAUGCAGAAGACAGUAUAAAUCUAGAUAUUGGUGAUGAUGAAUUAUUGAAUGAAGAGACUGACAAUCCAGCAAAAAUCAAAAAAGAUGAACCGGCGCAUGAGGACGAGGUGGGGACGACGGGCGACGAGUCGACUGCGAACAGCUCCGCGGCCGCCAUCGACACCGCGCCAGCUGAAAAUCAACAGCAAGUAAACACAGAAGCCCCGGCCACUAGUAAUGACAAUGAAAGAAGUGAAAAGGAUUCAAAAGAUGACAAAGUUAAAGACAGUGAGAGUGAGAAGAGCAACAAGAAGGAUGAUAGCAAGGAAGGGGGCGCCCGCAAUCUGUGGGUCAGUGGACUAUCCGGUGACACACGUGCUAAGGACUUGAAGCAGCUAUGCAGCAAACAUGGCAAGGUGAUUGGAGCGAAAGUAGUUACAAACGCAAGAACGCCCGGUUCCCGCUGUUAUGGUUACGUUACAAUGGCCAGUGCUCAAGAUGCUGAAAAUUGCAUUAAAAAUCUCCAUAGAACUGAACUACAUGGACGUAUGAUAUCAGUGGAGAAGGCAAAGUCUGAAUCGGAGUCAGCGUCGCGUCGGCAAACCGCCUCGCGCAGUGACCGCAGACCCAGUAAGGACCGUAAGGAAGAUACUAAAGAAAAAGAGGAGAAUAAAGAAGGUGGUGAGAAAACUGGUGAUUCAAAGACUACGAAAGAAGGCGAUGUGUCAGGUGCGGAGAGUAAUAGGUCUACAUCUCGCACUAGAGAUAAGUCACACAGAUCUGACAAGGAUCGUACUCGUCGCAGUACACGAAGCCGGGAGCGUAGGAGGUCGCCCAGAGAAGUGCUGUCGUUUUCUAAGAUUUGGAAAGAGCGUGAUGUUGCGAGAGCGCGGGAAAGAUCGCGCGCUGCACGUGAAGAAGAGCGCAGAAGACGUGCCGCAGAAGAUGCGCUCAGGGAGAGGGAGAGACGACAGCGUCAGGAGAAGCACCGCCUCGCUUUAGAGAGGGAAAAGCUGCGCGCUGAAAGAGAAAAGAUUGAACGAGAAAAGAAUGAACUUUUGCGUUUAGAGCGAGAGAGACAUAGAUUGGAGAGAGAGAAGUUAGAAUUGGAGAGAUUAGAGCUGAAGAGAGCACAAUUAAGGUUAGAAGAGGAGCGUCGCAAGCGCGGCUAUGAGGGUAGUGCGACAUACCGCAAGCCGGCCGCCAGCCCGCCUCCAGAGCCCGCGUACGACCGCGAACGCGACCAGAGACACAAGCGCCCCCCACCACCUCCCAUGAACAACAUCCCUCGCUCCAAUAAACCUAAGCAUUUCGAGGCACCGCCGCCGCCGCGCUUCGAGCUGGCUCCGGCGUAUGAACGCGCUGCGGACAAACGAGACCGCGACCGCGACUACAAGAGAGACUAUCCCCGUCAUGUCUCAUCUAGUAAUAUGAAGUAUCCAAGUAAUGGCAGCGCCAGUGAUGACACCAGACAACCUAUGCCACCCGGCACCAGACCUAAAGAGCCAAGUCGUUCGUACGAGUCUCGCGAGAGUCGGUCGUACCGUCCUUCACCGCCAGGCAAGCCGGAGCCCCGCAACUGGAGCGCCUCCAGCCGCUACCCUGACACUGCACCACCCGCUAAAGGCAGUAGCAGCGGCGGGUCAAGUGAGCAGUGGUCGAGUGAGGCGCGGUAUGGAGGUGCGUACGAGGCGCGCUACCCCGCCAGCUACCAGCCGCCGCCGCCCGGCGCCGCGUACCCCGACCGGUACGCGCCCGCAGCCCGGGACUUCGCCCGCAAGUACUAGCACCAACACCACCACCACCACACAACACGCAGGUCAUACAGCAUUUAAAAGAGGAGUUUGGAGACAGAGAUGUAUGGAGAACUGUGAGAAUGCUGGGACUUGUAUUUUUAGUUUAAAUAUUCCAUUUUAUUUUAACCUUUUUAUUCAUAUAUUAUGACAAAAAAAACUUUUUUUCCAUAGAUUGUUCCCAUUAAUUUAGUCGUAUGCAUUUUUUUGCGAAAUGUUAGUACUAUUUUUUGGAAGAAAUGUAUAGAGAUGUUUACCAUUUAAAUUAUGGUACAAGUGAAUGUUACAAGAUUAAAUUCUUGUAUUUUUUAUGUGUUAAGUUUUUAGCAUAGUGAAUAUAAGUGACGAAAAAAAAUGGAUCUUGUAAUAUAUAGCAUUUUUUACAUAAAUUGGCAAAGAAUAAACGUAAUUUGAAUUA